ACAUGGCGGCCGGCCAGUCGUACGAGCUGGAGACCAAGCUGCGGCGCCUCGAGCAGGGCGCCAAGACCCGCUUCGGCGGGACGACUGACUCGGAGCUGUCGGAGCUGGAGGACGUGGUGGCGCUGACCGCCGCGCGCGUGCAGAGCGCCGAGAGCGAGGUGUCGGACAUCGAGAGUAAGAUCGCCGCUCUGAACGCUGCCGGGUCGAAGAAGAAGGUUUCUGGAUCUCAGAGGAAAAAGGCAACGGAGGACUUCUCCAGAACCAGUAACGGCGCUCAGUGGAAAACCAACAGCCUGUUCUGAACCUGAAGCCAGAAAACGCGCCGCCGGCGCAGUCCUUCGUUGCUUUAACAAUGACCAAGCUCAAC